CAUCUCACAGAAGCAGCUGAUACUGUGCAAAGUAAUUACAGAAAAGCUGUAGGACUUCAGCAUAAGCACUUCCUUAGCUAUACCUUGGUGAACGGGGCCAUGGAAGAGGUUUACUUGUAUGAGCCUAAACUCUUGAAGGAGAUAGACUUUUCAACAGUUGAAAAUAAAUUUAAACAUGGUAUCUCACCCAGAAAUCCAGGGGAAAAUCUGAUUUUGAGGCCACUGUCCUCAGGUGAUUUUGACAGAGGUUUUCUACAACUCCUAACACAACUGACGUCUGUAGGGGAGGUCUCCAGAGCUAUGUUUGAAGAUCAGUUUAACAACAUGAAAGCAUGCAAGAACACUUACUAUGUUACUGUGAUUGAAGAUAAAGAGACAAAUGCUGUAAUAGGAGCUGCUUCCUUAGUUUGUGAAGAAAAAUUUAUCCAUGCAACUGGAAAGAGAGGAAGAGUUGAAGAUGUUGUGGUUAGCAGUGAUUAUAGAGGAAAACAAUUAGGAAAAGUGCUUGUAGCAGCUUUGACUUUUCUUGGAAAACAUGUUGGAUGUUAUAAAAUGUCGUUGGAAUGUUCAGAUGACAUGGUUCCUUUUUAUCAGCAGCUGGGAUAUAUACGAGAACAGAACUACAUGCAACAGCGAUUCAAGAAUUAAAACAAGAUUUUGAAAUGGAACAAGUUUUUAGAAAAAUCAUGGCUCAAAAAUUGAAUUCCUUUAGAGCACUGUUACUGGCUCCAAUAUGUCCAUACUUUUUAAGUAUGAACGGUAUAAAAAAAUCGUGGACUACUGAUUUCCUGUCUAAAUUUCCAUCUAGAUAAUGAACUAGUAAAUAGUUGUUUAACCUUUGUAGAGGAAUUUGGAAAUGGUCAGCUAGAAUAUUUUUUAUGCCAUGUGUCUUUACAAGAGGAAUUGAUCAAAAGAGGAUGCAAGCCUUAACAACGAGUGUUUAUUAAUCUUCGGGCAGAAGGGUAUGUGCCUCAUCUUUGCAGCUGUUUCACUAUAAAGAUCUGACAUCUCUUAUAAAAUCUUCCCAUCAGUAGUUUGUGCUCAUAUUUUGACAAGCUUUGUUUAAAUGUACAGAAUUGUUGAAUUUUUUUUUCAUCAUUAAUACCCAAAACUAAGGUAUUCCAGUAUUAUCUUUACUAAUGCUGCCAAAACCAUUAAAUUGAGCUUUUUAUUAUUAUCAUUAUUAUUUUUUUUGUGUGUGUGUGUAGCCAAGGUUCAGGGUCAAGAAAUAUAUAAAUGGGCAUCACGCAGCUGGUGAAACUAUGGCAUAAUCUGUGAUAAAGAACAACAAUACCUAAAGACUUUGAUAAAAACAAGUUGAAUACAACAUAAUUGUGUAUUUUGAACAAAAUAGUUUGUGUGUGUCACAUAAUUGUAUAUUUUGUUUGAAAAGUACAUUGACCAAUUGCAAUAUGAACAUUUUGCCACGAGACUUAAUUAGCUUUUAUACUAGAAUGCGGUUUGCUUGAAGAAGCUGGUCAUUUGUAUCUCAAAAUGGGUCCAGGGUUUUUCAAUUACCUGUUUUCAUAUAUUAUAAUUAUACUAUAAUUGCUUUUGGUAGUACAUGUGAAAAUGGUAGAUUAGGACCAGAUGAUUUUAAAUGCCUCUGAAUCAAGGAAUAAUUGGAUGCAUGAAAAAUCAUUUGCAGUAGCAAAUUUGUAGAAUUAAAUAGUUUUUUAACAUGAUAUACAUGCAAGAUCUGGAAUGUCUCAAGAACCUGGUGUAAAGUUUAUGUAUCAUCUUUUUGUGUUCAUGUCUGUAGGUGCAUGCUUAAAAAUUGCUACCUAGUUUGUACUAAUAUUUUAUGUGAAAUCCUGUGAAAGGUGUCAGCCAAGCAUCACCAUAAAAACUCCCAAAAAAA